GGAGAUCAUCUCAAAUAUUGUCAUUUCCGGCGGCAUCUUCAUUCUCUCUCUAGUUCUUGCUCAAUCCUUUGCAAGAAGAAAUCAACGAUGAGUCGUGGUGCGGCAGCUGGUGGCCCCAAGGGGAAGAAGAAGGGUGUAACUUUCACCAUCGACUGCACUAAGCCGGUGGAGGAUAAGAUUAUGGAAAUUGCUUCGCUUGAGAAGUUUCUCCAGGAACGUAUCAAAGUUGGUGGUAAAGCCGGUGCUUUGGGCGAUACCGUCUCAAUCUCUCGUGAGAAGAGCAAGAUCAUAGUUACCUCAGAUGCUAACUUCUCCAAGAGGUAUCUCAAGUAUCUAACGAAGAAGUAUCUGAAGAAAAACAAUGUUCGGGACUGGCUUCGUGUGAUUGCAGCAAACAAGGACAGAAAUGUUUACGAGUUGCGAUACUUCAAUAUUGCUGAGAAUGAGGGAGAGGAGGAAGACUAGAAGAAGGGUCUUAUGAAGAAUUUGUCAGCUCUAUCUAUGUUAGUCUUCUACUGCACUAUUUAGCUAAAUUGUGGUUUUCAUGUACUUUGGAAUGUUUUAUUGUAGAAGAUCUUUUGUUUGGGGCAAUUUUCGGUUUUUUCGAUUUUCAAUACAUAUUUGUUCUAGUUUUGGAACUGCUGCUUUCUUUGAAAUUCUAAUUUACUCAGUUUUAAGACUUA